UUCUGAAGCAGCUCUCUGUUUAUUUCUCUUCUUUCCAACAGGGACGAACAGCAGGGGUUUCCACUGUUUCUACCAGACUGAGUGGAGUGAAGCUUUACAUUUACAGAGAUUCUCCGUCGCUUUUCCUUUUCGUCCACUUUCCCACGACGGAGAGUCUUCACCUGACUUCAGAAUGCAUUUGUCAGUGCUGGUCUUUGUCUCUGUGCUCUCUGGGUCCUCAUUUGCCCUCGAUAAUGGACUAAUGAGAACCCCUCCCAUGGGAUGGUUGGCAUGGGAGCGAUUUCGCUGCGAUAUCGACUGUGCUCAUGACCCCAAGAACUGCAUCAGUGAGAACCUGUUCAUGGACAUGGCGGACCGGCUCUCGGAGGACGGCUGGAGGGAGCUCGGCUACGUCUACGUGAACAUAGAUGACUGCUGGUCUUCCAAGCAGCGAGACGACCAGGGACGGCUGCAGGCUGAUCCUAAGAGGUUUCCUGGAGGAAUCCAUAAACUGGCACGGUACAUGCAUGACCGAGGUCUGAAGCUGGGCAUCUACGGUGACAUGGGCACGCACACCUGUGGGGGCUACCCGGGCACCACGCUGGACAAGAUCCAGCUGGAUGCGCAGACGUUCGCCGACUGGGAAGUGGACAUGUUUAAGUUCGACGGCUGCUAUUCCAAUGCCAGCGUGCAAGAGGAGGGCUAUCCUCUCAUGUCGAAGGCUUUGAAUGCGACCGGCCGUCCCAUCGGCUACUCCUGCAGCUGGCCCGCCUACCAGGGCGGCCUCCCCCCUAAGGUCAAUUACACUCAGCUGGGGCAGAUUUGCAACCUGUGGCGAAACUACGGCGACAUCCAGGACUCGUGGUCGAGUGUGCUGAACAUUGCUGACUGGUUCUUUGAGAACCAGGAUGUCCUGGGACCCGCAGCGGGACCUGGGAGAUGGAAUGACCCGGAUAUGCUGAUCAUCGGGGACUUUGGACUCAGCGUGGACCAGUCCCGUUCUCAGAUGGCUCUGUGGGCCAUCCUGGCCGCUCCUCUGUUCAUGUCCAACGACCUGCGCACCAUCAGCGGCGAAGCCCGGAGCAUCCUGCAGAACAAGAUGGUCAUCGGCAUCAACCAGGACCCCAUGGGCGUCCAGGGACGGCGCAUCGUCAAGGAGAAGAGCGGCAUCGAGGUGUUCUGGCGGCCCCUGUCCGGUGACGCCAGCGCUCUGGUGUUCUUCAGCCGGCGCACAGACAUGCCGUACCGCUACCAGACCUCCCUCAGCAAACUCAACUACACCACAGGAAGUUACAAGGCCUUUGACGUCUUUACCAACUCGGCCAUGGUGCUGAAAGACUCGGCUGACUUCGUGGUGUCGGUGAACCCCACGGGCGUGGUCAUGUGGUACAUCUCUGCCCCGGCCAGACUGAACGUCCGCCAGUACUUCAGCAGCGACCGCAUGCAGGGGUCUGCCUACAGGCUCGAUAAGGACAACGCCAUUCCACGUGUCUUCUUUUAAAAGCUCACUUUAUUUUAGAUUUAAGAAGUUUAGACAAAUUAGGUUUUUUUUUUUCAGUAGAUACUCCAAAGAAUGAUUGUAAACUCAGGGAUAACAGCUUUCAUCUCACUGACUGAUCUGGGUCAUGGACUGUAUGUCCAUACUGUAUAUUGAGCACUAAAAGGGGGAUUUCGAUUUCAAUACUUCAAUUGAGAUCUAAAAAUUUAGAAAAAAUUAUUUUGCAUCAACACUUGAAUUUUUUUUAUCUGAUUGAAAAAGAUCACAGUGUGUCCUGACCUGCUUUUUAUUUCUGAAUUGUGUUUACAUUUAAUAUUAUUUUCAUAGUCUUAAAAAUCUGGAAUGUUGGGCUGCUUGGGGGUUUUACUGAGGAGAAAAAAAACGAAGUGAAAAUGAAUGAGGAUUUUUUUUUUUUAAUCAAGCUUAUUCUGUUAAUUGUGCCUUUUUAUGUGAAAUGAUUAAAACAUAUCUAUUUUCUAUGGA